AUGGACUUCCUAGAUGAUGAAGCAGAAGAGAGCUCGGAUGUCCUGGUGCCGAGUUCGCAAUCUGAGCGUAUCCCUCGUUCGCGCAAACGCCGUCGGCUCGAUCCUGAUUUGAGCAACCCGUGUACACAAGAGAACGACUAUGAUUUGCCAGCACAUCCAGAGGGCGAGGGCAAAGAGAACAAGAAGUCUAAAUACGAUGACCGCAUCUACGUACCUGCUGGAGAAAGCCAUCCCGACACCUUUGUUACCCAAUUAACGCAGCAAUACUCCAGUCCCUCACGGAUCCGAGGUCCUCGAUGGAUGAAACCACGGAAAACCCCUUCACCAUCACCUUCUCCUCUAAAGAGCUUGCCACCCACCUACGCGUCAAGUCGCCCCGCGCCUCAAGCUCUCCCAACCGACGAUGAGUUUGAUGUCGAUGACACUGAUGAGCUAGAGCUUUUAGCAGCCCUUGAUGAUGUCGAUGCCGAACACCAGGGCUUGGCGGCGAACGACAUCAAUCUCCCUGCUAACGGAGAUACCGGCGGAGGCUCUCAUCAAAGCAAACCUACCCACGCUUUGGCUCCGCGUCAACAGUUGCAGAGAUCUUCCUCUUUCCGACAAACCACCUUACACGGAAUUCAUACCACUCAACCGGAGCCACCUCGCACGCAAACGCAGUCCAGAGCCCAUAAUUGGCCUCUGGCGAACCGGAAUGAACCUCCAACCCACCAUGAGAUCGACCGAAAUGCAAUGGGUACCUGGGUGUACCCCACCAACCUUGGCAGAAUCCGGGACUAUCAAUACAAUAUCGUCCACAAGGGAUUAUUCCACAAUGUCUUGGUCGCUCUGCCUACCGGCCUGGGGAAGACCUUUAUAGCGGCAACAGUCAUGCUGAACUGGUACCGUUGGACGAAGCAUGCGCAGAUAAUCUUCGUUGCGCCAACGAAACCGCUGGUGUCACAACAGAUUGAUGCAUGCUUCAACAUUGCUGGUAUCCCUCGAUCACAGACUACCAUGCUGACGGGCGAGGUUUCGCCAGCAAUUCGAGCAGAAGAAUGGCAAGAGAAACGAGUCUUCUUCAUGACACCUCAAACUCUCGUAAACGACCUCAAACAUGGCUAUUGUGAUCCGAAAAAGGUCGUUCUGGUUGUCGUCGACGAAGCACACAAGGCAACCGGCAGUUAUGCAUAUGUCGAAGUCGUCAAGUUCCUGAGACGAUUCAACUCUAGUUUUCGAGUUCUGGCUCUUACAGCAACGCCGGGCAAGGAUGUCGAGACAGUGCAGGAAGUUAUUGAUGGUCUGGGGAUCGCUAGAGUCGAGAUCAGGACCGAGGACUCAAUUGACAUUCGUGAUUUUGUCCACAACCGGAACGUCCAAACCGAGGUAUUUGAGAAUUCAGAGGAGAUGACGAUGGUGCUGGAGCUGUUGGCGGCCACUCUUCAACCGCUUUUGAACAAGUUGCACUCUCAAGGGGCUGCGUGGGGUAAGGAUCCCACAAGGAUCACGCUGUUCGGUCUAAAGAUGUCCUGGGACAAGUGGCAGUCGUCCGAAGCAGGCCGCAGGGCCCCUCAGUCAGUCAAGGGCAUGAUCAAGGCAAUCUCCACGGUUCUGAUGAGCUUGGCUCAUAACAUCGAACUGUUGAAGUACCAUGGUAUUGGACCGUUCUACCACAAAAUGAAAAUGUUCGUUCAAGACGCCGGUAGUGGCAAGACAGCCAAACAAAUCACCGACAACGAGAACUUCAAGAAGAUGAUGAAUCGGCUGGCGUUGUGGAUAAAUGACCCCGACUUCGAGGGGCAUCCGAAGCUGAGUUACCUGAAAAGGGUCGUGCUCAACCACUUCAUGAACGCUGGCGAGGGCACUGCACGGACUGCUUCCGAGCCUACCAACACAAGAAUCAUGGUGUUUGCACAUUAUCGUGACAGUGCUGAGGAGAUUGUGAGAGUCCUCAAUCGCCACGGUCCAAUGAUCCGAGCUCAUGUAUUCGUCGGUCAAUCCGGUUCGAAGGGUGGCUCAGAAGGUAUGAACCAAAAGACACAGCUCGAUAUCAUCCAGAAGUUCAAGGCAGGAGAGUACAACACUAUUGUGGCAACAUCGAUCGGAGAAGAAGGUCUCGACAUCGGAGAGGUCGACCUUAUCGUAUGCUAUGAUUGCUCCAAAUCGCCUAUUCGCAUGCUUCAGCGCAUGGGCCGUACGGGCCGCAAACGGGCUGGAAAUAUCGUGCUGCUCAUGAUGCGUGGCAAGGAAGAGCAGGAUUUUGCACAAUCCGAAGACAACUACCAAAAGAUGCAGGCCAAGAUCGCCAGUGGCAAGGAGUUCAAUUUCCGCGACGAACUGUCUCCACGGAUUGUGCCCAAAGAGAUUGUGCCGGAGGUCGAUAAGAGGGUCAUUGAGAUACCCACUGAGAACAGCCAGCCUGGCUCUGUCGAGCCGACACGGAGGAGGGCAAGAAAUGCCAAAAAGCCGCCAAAGAAAUUCCACAUGCCGGAUGGCGUCGAGACGGGCUUCGCUUUUCUGGGCAAGGGUGACAAAAAAUCCAAAGCGAAGCAAAAGGGGACAAUCACAACAAAGCCUGAGAGAAUUGACGAACCGGCUUUGUUGCCUUCAGUGAACGAGCCACUAUUGUCCGAGACGCAAGAGCGACAGCUUGAAGACCGUUAUGUUCGACUAGCCGGGCCCGAGGACGAGUACAUUCAGUUCGUCCGAUUCGACGCUUAUCCAGAGCAGCAACGCCGAUUUGGAAGGACGUGCUCUGUCAAGCACUCGAAGAAGACCAAAACGUUGGUUAGGGCCUACAAAGCAAUGAACAUUCCCAACAGAGACUGGGAACGCCCAACAAAGUGUGAAGAGAUCGAGGACGAUGAUCUCUGUCUGGACUCGGAAGCGAAGCCGACGACGUCAGCCAACAAGUCCUCUGCGAAAAAGAUGAACACGAAGUCUCGCCUCCCGCUCGCCACGACGCCUGUAUUUGAAGGCACUGAGGCUGAAUCAGACAGUGAGGCCUCUCUGUCGAGGUCAAAAGCGAAGCUCAAAUCUUUCAAUUUCACUGGCCCCACUAGUGGCACUUUUCGAAGCAGCUCUGUAGGGCAAUAUGACGGCAAUGACAGUUUCAUCGAUGACGACGAUGAAGGUGUUGGGAGUUCACCAGGGCUCGAAGAUGAUCUUUCCUCUCUGGCUUCUCUGCGGUCGCCGGUGUCGCCGAUUUUGGCCACCGGAAGAGAGGCAAGCGUCACUAAACGCUUCUUCGUAUCACAAGAGAGUAUUGAUUAUGAUGCCAUGGACGAUGAGUUGCCCGAUCUCGAGGAUUUGGUCUCGGACAAGAAGGCAAGGCGGGCUCGGGCUGAUGAAGGUCACAAUGACUCUUUGCCAGCUUCUCGAAAUAUACCGACAGCGAGAAGCGAGACGGAGGAUACCCCGAAGCCAAAUCCCAGGAGUAGGAAGAGGACCAGGAGGAUAUUCGAUAGCGAUGAUGACGAAUGA